CGUGUUUGAAGAGUAAAAGCAAUAGGGACACGGUGUGUGUGUGUGUGUAUACAGCAUCUAGCCCGCGAAGGCUUCCCGUGCCGUGCUAUUAGUGUGACGGUGAGGCGAAACGAUAAAUUGCCAAGCCGCGCGCGCGCUUGUGUGUGUGUAUGUGUGUAUGUAAAUUGCAUUUGGUUGUUUGGUUGUAAUUUGCGCAACCAUUCUUUGCUGUGCGAGCCCAUUUGCUGUCCCUUUUCAAUCAACCAGACAGUGCCUACUUUCCAUUCGCUCUCUGUCUCUUUCACUCGGCCGGCUGGUAGCGACCACAUUCUGACUAUCAACCGCAAACAAGCGAGAGGGAAAGGGGAGGGCGCAGGUGUUGGAAAGAUAACACGUCAAGUGAUAAGCUCGCACCACCACCACCACCACCACCACAAACAACAACAACACUGCCACCAUUCAACGCGAAUCACGCCCCCGAAAACAAACGAAAUUUAAUUAGUACAGGUCCUGGGCGGAGGUGGCUGGGAACGGGGAAGAGAGGGAAAAGCUUAAGCAGCGAAACGAAAGAAGCCCAAGACGACGAACCCUUUCUCCAUGUUCUCACACAGGGAGGGGAACAAAACACGCGCACGGGGGAAGCGACAAAUACCCUUGCCAAGCAAAAGACCGCCCGACCACCAACCGAACUCCCCGUCCCCGACCGCGAAGGUUUUCCAUUUCCACCCGUACCGAUUUUGAUAAGUUUAGUGUGCGGCGUGCGCGCGCGUGUGUGUGUGUGAGUGGGUCCGAUUUUUCCCAUUUGCUGGGUUGUUUGUGGACCCCGCCGUCCGCUCACUGUCCUCUUUUUUUUAAUUUUAUUUCGAAACCAUCUGUCGUCCGUCUUUGAACUUCCAGGGAGGUUCGUGGUCUGUUAUUUCUUUCUUUCUCUUUUUUUGUUAUUUCUCUCUAACUUUACCUCCGUUUCGUUGUCCCUCUCCCUACAUUCCAUCCCACCCCUGCCCCACUGUGGGUAUGCUUGGUGCUCUGGGGACGGGGGGGGGGGGGGACUGCCCGUUCGUCGCCACCCGUCGUGAGCGUUCGGGUUAGUGGUGUGCUCUUUGGAGCGCACCCACAAUUCCAAUGCGACUCCGGCUAAUGUUAGUCCGAUUCUGACUCCGGUGCAAUGUUCGGUGCAAUGUGCAACGACCCCGGACGAUUCCGGGCGAUUCCGGAUGACUCCGACUCCAUCUGAUUCCGGACGAUUCCCACUCCAACCAAUUCUGGACGACUCCUAACGACUCCUAACGACUCGGGAUGACUCCGACUCCCAACAACUCCGCACGACUCCGAUGACUUCGAACGAGUACGAAUGACUCGGGAUGAUUCCGACUCCCAACGACUCCCAACGACUCCGGACGGCUUCGACUAAAAUCUAUUCCGGACGACUCCAAUGACUCCGAACGACUCCGAACGACUCGGGAUGACUCCGCCUCCCAACGACUCCUGCCGACUCCGACUCUAACUGGUUCUGGGCGACUCCAAUGACUCCGAACGACUUCGAAUGCCUCGGAUGACUUCGACUCCCAACGACUCCCAACGACUCCGGAGAACUACGGACGACUCCGAACAACUCCAACUGAUUCCGAACGACUCCAACGACUCCUAACGACUCCGGACGACUCGGGAAGAUUUCGACUCCCAACGACUCCUGCCGACUCCGAACGACUCCAGACGACUCCGGUCGAAUCCUCCGAUUCUGAACGACUCCAAUGACUCCGAAUGACUUCAAACGACUCGGGAUCACUCUGACUCGCAACGACUCCCAACGACUUCAGACGAUUCCUCCGGGCGAUUCCUCCGACGGACUGCUCCGACUUUAAGCGAUUCUGGAAUACUCCGACUCCAUCUGAUUCUCGACGAAUCCAAUGACUCCGAACGACUUCGAACGACUCGGGAUGACUCCGGGUCCCAACGAUUCCUAACGACUCCCAACGACUAGGGACGACUCUGGACGACUCCGAACAACUCCAGUUGAUUCUGGACGACUCCAACGACUCCGAACGACUCCGGACGACUCGGGACGAUUCCGACUCCCAACGACUCUGGACAACUCCGGACGACUGUGGAUAAUGCUGGGUAAUCAGGAGUCGGUUCCGAACUUACCGGAGUCGGAUCGGAGCCGACUCCAGUUUUUUUACCAACUUUACCCACCACUAGUUCGGGCGAAAUGACGACAUGGUGAUGCCCUCCAGAGAAAUAUCUCUGUGCCUAUGUGUAUGUGUGUCUGUUGCGCUGUGGAAAAAUGGGCUGGAAACAACGGAAGAUCAAUUUUCCCAACAACCCCCCCCCCCCCCCCUCCGCUCCUUUUUCCCCUUCACCAAGAAACCAUUGGUGGGGAGUGUUCAGCGUUCCAACGAUCAACGCCGUUUCCCUUUUUCCCGUUUGCUGCUUUCUUUACAAGCACUAGCUCUUUCUCUCUCUCUCUCUCUCUGCCUCUCUUUCGUUUCUCUCUGUCAUCACCCCUUUCGGCUUGGCGCCGACAACAACAAACUUCCACCGCGAAUGCUCUCUUUGAGCUGGGCGUUUAUUUUCUUCUUCUGCCUCUUUCCACUAGUUUUUCACACGCACUAAAUCCGCAACAGUUUUCACCUUUAUGUUAAUGCAAUUAAACAUUCAACCGAAGUGCUCAAAGAGGGGAGAGAGACACGGCGGAUGAAGUGGUGGUGGUGGAGUGUCACUUGGCUUGGAUGAUUUUCACCUGCUCGUCUGCGCUCCGAUGAUUAUGUCGUCCGGUUUGGUCGUUUUUUUUCUUCUGUUUGCUGCUGUUCCUUUUCGCUUGCGGCGGGAAAAGGGGGCGGAUUUCCGCCCAGAACAAACGAGGCCCCGCGGCUGGCCGUAGCUUUCCCGCGAAGCUCCACAUUUAGGACAGCUCCUCCUCCGUUCCCGUUGCGAGUGGAAUUGCUCACGGAAGCGGGGAGUUGUAUGAUAUGGCUUUAGCAACAGAAACAAGGGACAUUAUUUUGGUUUUCCGUUGGAGUUUAUUACCAAUUUCUCUCUGCUUUUCUAUCAGUUGCUGGGAAGUAAAGUAAGAUACUCACACACACACACACGCACACACGCGCGUUGACAGUGAACAGUUGACACAUGCAGCAGGCAGAGGCUGCUUUGAUUGUUCUGCCGCGAGAAGCGUUAUUAUGACGUGCGUAGUCGUGCCGAAGCUGAUUCUAAUUCAGCUCUGUUUGCCAUUCUUGAUUUUUAAUUAUUUUUUUACACUUCUUUUUUUAGCUCGCAAUGUUGCACCUGUGAAACGCUUUGACCGAAGACCGCAGGAAAACGAGCGUUAUAAAAAAAUGGGUCAAUAAUAAAAUACAGACCUGAUGGAGGAGACAAGCGCUAAACGCUAACGCUGAACCCUUACCCUGCGCGCAUGAAAUGAAAAUGAUGCACUUGUUUGAGGCGAAAAAUGAAUGAAGAAACCUAUAAAGAGGAAGUUAUCCAUCCGGUGAACAGUUUUAGGUCUGAUCCGGUCCCACUUCAAAGACAAGAUUGACAGCAGCUCGAAAGGCUCACAUCUGUGCCACGCCGGAUAACACAUCGCGUGAAACACACACACACACCAAAGCGCAGUGAAUCGUUUGCCUACCGUCUUCUCCAUUCCGUUUCCCAUUCCGGAUGCAGAACGGCUGCACACACUGCUUAUGAUCGGUUGCAUGCACGAAGCGAACGACGCGCCGUGUCCUACAUGCGGCACCUACUUACUUAACCCACUCAGUAAGUCAGCAGUGUCGGGCACAUCGUCGUCCUCGUCGUCGGAGGACGAAUCCACCACGAUGGACGAUAGCAACACCACGUUCGCGGGACCGUCCGCCCGUUCCUCCUACCCGACGGCCAGCACACCCGCCCAGGACUCGACGGCGAACAGCUCGGGCGGCAUCGUCGAGGAGAACGCGGUGCUGCUGGAGGAAAACCGAAAGCUCACCCGCAGCCUGCUCGAGCUGCAAGUGGAAACGGAGCGGCUGAAGCAGCAGCAGAACCUGCUGUCCGGGCUGGGCCGGCGCCGGGACAGCCUGAGCGGGCUGAGCUCGACCAGCCAGCCGCUCGGCAGCAUGGGCCAGAACAGCCCUGCCCCAUCGUACCGGUCGACGGGAAACUACACCUCCGGCAUCGUCGCGGACGUGGUGCGGGAGAUACGCGACAUCUGCCGGGUGCGGGAGGACGCCACGUUCGAGCGGUUGCGCAACCUGCAGGAAAACCACAUGUGGUCGAUCAACGACACGCUGCAGCGCCUCGCCAAGGACGUCGACACGAUGCAGAAGUCGGUCAGUGCGGCCCGGCACGACCUGGAGAAGCUGACGAGCCGGGUGCUGCAGCUGGAGAGUAUCGUGCUGCCGCAGGCGGCCGUCUGUCUGGCGGCGGGCGCCCAGCACAACCACCCGCUGCCACUCGCGCCGAUGCCCCUGUUCGGGGGCAACGUGCAGCAGGCGUUGCUGCUGCAGCAGCUCCAGCAGCAAACAAAUGCGAACCAGCAGCAGCAGCAGCAACAGCAACAUUCCCCCCAGACGGUACCCGUCAGCUCCGGCCAGCAGUUUCACGCGUUCGGCAUGAGCGAACGGGGGCCUGCGGGCAGUGCCGGUGGCGCGUCGAUCGGCAGCCAGAGCGUAAGCAGCAACGGCGUGGGCAAACCGGGCAACGGGGGGCUGCCCUCGAUGCUGCGGCUCAACUAUGGCCGGAUCGCCACCACCGAGGACCUGUUCGGUGGCGACUCGGUUACGGUCGAGCUGGGCAACGGCAACAACACGGCCGGCGGCGGCGGCGGCGGUGGCGGCAGCAGCAGCAACAGUACAGUCGCCUCCGUCCACGAGUCUUCCUCGCGCGUGCUGCUGCUGGAGAAGGGCGAGGUGGAGCUGCGACGGGACCUGCAGGACGCGAUAGCGGCCAAGAACGAGCAGUCGAAAAAGAUUGCCUACCUGCAGAAGGUAGUGAUGGCGCUGCAGAAAAAGGUCGACCUGCAGGGGACGGACACGCCGAGUCUGGGCGGCAACGGUAGCAGCAGCAGCGGCAACGCCACCAGCAACAACGGCAGCAGCAGCGGCGGCGGCAUUGGCGUGAUCGGCCCGGUCACCGACUUGUAGAUACUGUGCCAUACAUUUACAUCCUCUUCCCCCCCCUUUUCCGUGCAUAUUUAUAACCUCAUAGAUCCUCAGCGUCCUAGGGCCAAACAGGUUGUGGGAUUACGACCCGCCAGCAGCUGAAAUAGAGGCACUCAAAGCAACACGAAGGUUCACAUUCAAUACUGGCCCGGCAAACAGGACGCCACAGAGCGAAACUUCUCACGCAGUACCAGUUAGGUUAGGUUUGCAUGGCCCCCCAAGGGCCCCAUGGAGGAGGAGGAGUGAGCGAACCACCAAUUUCCAAUCUCUGCCGGGUGGAGAGCAGUAGGAUUGUGCGCCCCAAACUGCGACACGAGAACAGAAUCAGAAUAUUUCACGAAUUAAUAAGUUAACACUCUUACGGGUAAACAAGAGA